UAUGGUGACAUUUCCCAGGAUUGUGGCAAAAGGGGAAUAGAUCAAAGUCCUUCAUCAGUGUUGCUGGCAUCCUCUUUGCAGGUAACAAUAAACCAGCUGAGUGAGCUUGAGAAAAUGUGUGAGAAGUUGCAGUGUGAAAACACUGCAUUAGCCUCUGGAUUCAAAGAUGCAAAAACCACAGGUAUUAAUAAAGAGGAAGAGGAGAAAGAUGAUAUAAUGAAUGCAGAUAGCAAUUUAAAAGCUGAGAAAGCUGUUCUUCCUGAUGAACUUAUGGAUCAAAGCGACAACAGUGAUCUGAAAAUGUGUUCUGAUAAUAAGGAAAUGUCCUUCAAACUUAAAGAGUGCAGUUCUUUCGACUAUGAAGAUUUGAAAUUGACCAGCAAAGAAGUUAAGGUACACUUUGCAGAAGUGAGAGAGAAGCUUUUGACUUUCCAGAAUGAACACCUAAAAUUAUAUGAACAGCACUGUCGUAUGAGUUCAAAGAUAUGUGAACUGCAGUCUUGUAUGGAAAUGCUGAAAGCAGAAAAUCCUUUGUUGUCAACGAGUCUGAGCAGUGCUCAUGUAGAUUCUGUGCCAGUGUCACUGUCAUCCAGCCAAGAUGACACGCUGCCUAAACUAGAUGAAACUAAGGCCAUGGAUUCUUCCUCAGACCUUUCUGUAAAUCCCUGUUUGUUAGAAGUAAGUGAUGUGGUUGAUUCUCGUAACAGUGGUCCAUGCAAAUGGACAGAGGAAAUUAAUCAGACAGACAGUUCUGUAGAAGUAAUUUCAGAGGAUGCAACAGAAAUUUUGGUUGAAAAGUAUCAUAAUGAUCACAAUUUGGACUCUGUUAGAGAGCUUGGGAGUAUUACUCCAAGAAAAUCUAACCUUGAAAAUAGAAUUAAAGAACUUCAGAUUCUCUGUCAGACAUAUGAGAAGGCCAUCAAGGUGCUUGAAGAUCAGUUUCGUGUUCAAGAGAAUAUGAAAAAUGAGGAAAUACAAGAACUGAAAGAAGUUAUACUUUCUGAAAGGAAAGAAAUAGAUAAUCUCAAACAGCAAAAUCUAUCUGAAAAGGAAGAAUGGCAGCAGAAGCUGAAUAAUGUGACUAUGGAGAUGGAGUGCAAACUGGCAGCAGAAAGAAAACAAACUGAGAAUCUCUCUUUGGAGCUGGAAGCAGCAAGACUCCAACUACAGGUCCUUGAUUUAAGUUCUCAUUCACUCCUGUGCACAGAUACUGAAAAUAACAUAGAACAAGAAAACAAUAGUCCUUAUAAAUUGAGAGUGCCUGUUGAAAACUCAGCUCUGAAAAACAGUAAUCUUAAAAUAAUUCCCGUUGAGAAAAUGGCUGGAGGAGAUGCCUCUGUGUGUGAAAAUGAAACUGAGACUGCUGAAGCAAGAUUAAUGGAAGAUUACACUGAAAUGAUUUCUGGAGAACAGGAGCGUAAAAAUACUGGAAAAAGAACCAGCUCCUCCAACCAUGCCAAUGCAUUGUCAUUUUCCAGUAGUAGGAUUCUGUGUGCUGGGUAUUUCUCUGAAAAUCAAAUAACCACUGAAAUGCUUCAGGAAGAGGCAAAACAACAGACUGCUGAAAAUUUGAAGCUGAUCUGUGAGACAGAAAAAAACCCAAACAUUGUUGAUUUAAAAAUACAAGCUGAGCAAUCAAACUCAGAGAUGAACUUCCAGGAAGUAGAAACAAUUUCAAAUAGCUCAGCUUUUGCAGAACUGGUGGAAGCUACUGUAGCCGUUAAGGAAGAAAACUCUAGCAUAAAGGAAAAACACAGAUCAGUUUCUAUCAAUAAGCAGGAGUUAUCUCUUCAAGUAGUCUCAUUAGAAAAAGAACCUGAGAACCUUAAGUCUGAGCUGGAG